GGAAGCGCCCGGCGGAAGGAGGCUUCCGGAUGCGCGGCGAGGCUGAUGCAACCUCCCUGGAGUGAUAGCACUGGGAUGUUCCACCUGGGUGAGAGGUAGACAAGCCACCAGCAAUUAGGACAACGCUGGAAUCCCUGCUGGAGCCUGCAGCUUCUCCAGGAGGAUGGACAGCCUGAGGAGCCGGACGGUGGAGGAGCUCCAGGCGCUGCAGGAGGACGCUGAGGAGAUCGAGCGCCUGGCCCUGGAGUCUCAGGAGGUUCAGGAGCUGCAGCUGGAAAGGGAGAUGGCCCUGGCUGCCAACAGGAGCUUGGCUGAGCAGAACCUCAAGUUCCAGGCGCCGCUGGAGUCCGGGCGCUCCGACCUCUCCAGCAAGUAUGAGGAGCUGCAGAAGCUGGCUGAGAGGUGUAAAGAGCAGAAGGCCAAGCUGGAGAAGUUCUCAGCAGCUCUGCAUCCUCAGACCUUGCUGGAGCUGCUGCAGGUGGAAAGCCAGAAGAUUGAGGAGGAGUCUGAGAAGCUGGCUGAGGAGUUCCUGGGGGGCGAGGCGAGCCUGGAGUGCUUCCUGGCGCGGUUCGGGGCGCUGCGGCAGCUCUCCCACCUGCGCCGGGUGCGAGUGGAGAAGCUGCAGGAGCUGCUGCGGCGCUCGGCGGCGCCGGAGCCCGCCGGGGACUCGCAGCCGGCUCCUCCUGCCGGCGCCGGCGCCCCGCCCCCGGCGCAGCCCUUCCCGUCGGGGCCUCCCUCCCUCCCCCUGCCCUACGGCCCGGCCCCCAGCCCCCCUGCAGGCGCCGCGGCCCGGGGGGCCCUGCCCGCCGCUCCCUUCCCGGCGGCGCAGCUCGCUUCCUCCCAGCCCGGCCCCCAGCCCUCCUUUGCCUACAGACCUCCCCCAGCACAGGCUGCUGACUAUCCCACCCCCCCCUCGGGAGGCUCAUCUUCCACUCCAGUCUACGCCUGGUCUCCCUCCAGGGCCCCCCCUGCCCCCUCCCCCUUUCCUGCCCCUUCUCCUCCGCCACCCAGACCUGUCUACCCUCCCUACUACCCCCCUGGGGCAGCCAGACCUCAGUGCCCCUACCCAACCCAACCUCCUCUUCCUAACUUCCCAAUCCCCUCACAAGCUCCUUACCCUUCUGGCCCCCCCCAAGCCUUUGGGUACCCUCCACCACCUCCAAACCCUCAACGUCCUCCUUGGCCUGGCUACUAAGUGCAGCCCCCUGGGGGAGCAUCCUCCACCGCUCCCCUCCACGUUGUGUGGCCUGAGGAUGAAGAGCUUCACUCUCCCCCCCCCAUCAGAGCAGAAGCAUUAAGCAGGAGAAGAGAGUGAGUGGCUCUGGGGGUGGCUGGAGAGGCUGAUGUGUCCCCCACCACGGGCUCUUGACUCUGUGGAGUUGUGUCUGGGGGGGUGGCUCACGGGCUGAAGAGGCCCAGCUGGGCUCACCCAGGCUCUGAGGUGACAGCCAGGACCCUGGCAACGACUUGCACUGCUGGCAGCCACCAAGAAACCGGCCCCCACCCUUGCCUGGGAGGGUGAGAGGGAUGUAAUAUCAUCCUCAGCCUUCUCACAGCUCCUGAAGACAAAGGGUGAGGUGUG